CAGCACACAAACAGUCCCACCAUCCUCUCUGUCGCAUCCACUCCACGCGCUACCAUCAAUCCGACUCCAACCAUCCGCAUCAACCAGACAAACUACAACCGCAAUGGCUGCUCAACCCGAGGACCACCAGAUGGAGGGCGUCGAUAGCCCCGCCCAGGUCGCCGACAAGGGCAAGGGCAAGGCCACUGAGGCUAUGGAGGAGUCUGCAGACGACGACUCCAGCGAUGAGUCCGGCAAUGAGGCUGAGGCCGUUGAGGAACCCGAGGAUGAGGACACCAUGGCGGAGAUCGACCCCACCAACAUUGUUGGCAGCCGCACUCGUGGUAAGAACAUCGACUUUGCCAAGGCCGCUCAGGAGCUUGGUGAAGAUGAGGACGAGGAGGAUGACGAGGACUUCAACGACCCUGACGAUGAGAUGAAGGACUAGAGGGUCUUUGACCCAUUCCUCGUCUUCUUCCACGCGCUUACGAGCAUUGCACGCCCACACUUGGAUGGGGGUUUCCCAAAGGGCCGGUGUCAUAAAAAAGUAUUUCGGCAUUGGUUAGCGGGCCGGCUCGAUUGUAUACGGAGUCUCGGCGCGGUUUCGAACGCUGCAUACUAGGAUGGGGAUGGGAAUGUUUUACACGCGCGGCGCGUAGCUCGCAUACCAUGGACACGUCCUACGAACGCACACUUUAGUGGAUAUCAUGAAUGCAAUGUGGUACCGACAGUUGUCGCAUCUUCUGCGAAUGUGUCUACUAGGUCAAAGUCGCUC